AUGGAAAAUUCGUGGAAUAUUGAUUGUUCCGAUGACGAAUAUAAAGACGUAAAAGGACCGUGGGAACCAGCCCCAGAAAUAAUAGAAAAACUUUAUGAUCAACUUAAUAAUGGAGAAAUUCCAGAAUUAAAUUGGAAGUGCCCUGGUUACAGGUCACCGUCUCCAGAAGUGCAGGAACCACCACCGCCAGAAAUUGAAACCAAACAAACAGAAGACAAAUCUGAUUUUGACUUCCUGGAUGAGACUACGUCUCCUAGGCUCAAAAUUCGCAACAAAGGAGAAGAGGCAUUAAAGGGAAGUGCAAAAAAGAAAACAACAUCAUUAGACGGAGUUAUUAAUAAUAUGAGACGACACAAUCUCCUACCACAACCAAGUAAUCAUUGA